UCGGCAGUAGCGUCACUGCUCAAACUUUCGUAGAAAGAAGGAUUUCUCGAUAAUAAGUUGAGAAUGAAUUUCCUAAAGAAUGUCCUUUGUCACAAACUUUUGUAGAAAGAAGGAUUUCUCGAUAAUAAGUUGAGAAUGAAUUUCCUAACGAAUGUCCUUUGUCAAAUCUUGCUUUUAGCUUGUACAUGCAUGACAGAUGUAUCGGCCGUAAGAACAUCCUAUGUCACCGAUGCUUGUCGGACACCUGGAUGUUACAAAGCAGGUCAUGUCUUCACGGCCUAUAUGAACAGGUCUCAGAUUCCCUGCGAUGACUUUUACCAAUUCUCUUGUGGUGCUUGGCAGGAGGAACAUCUCUUUCCCGAAGGCAAAAAUAGUGUUUCAGUCUUAUCCAAUCGAACACAUAACCAUGAGAUGCAACUAAAAACUAUGUUAGAAAUCCCAGAAGAUGAGAACGACGCUGUUUUUAUCAAAAAGAUAAAAAGAAUUUACAAUUCCUGUAAAGAUACAAGGUACAUCAACGCUAUAUCAGACCAACAUUUGUUAAAUAUGGUGGAAAGUUUUAUCUCCUGGCCCUUACUGGAUGGCAGUACGUGGUCUCCAGCGUCAUUUGACUGGCUUGAAACUCUUAUUAAAUUCCGUAAUAAAGGAUACAGCUAUGACAUCCUGUUCAGUUUAUCUGUUACGGAGAACCCCCUGAACACCUCGGCUUACAUCAUAAAAUUGGACCGCCCAUCAUUUGGCUUAAAUUAUUCCUAUAUUCGUAAUUAUUUGAUGGCUGAUAACUUUUCGUACUACAUUAAUUCCUACUCAGACGUCAUGGACAAGGGACUUGAAUAUUUUAUAAAGGAAUAUAAUUGUAAGCGCGGAAGACCUUAUGUAGAAGAAUCCGAGAUUUCAGAAUCUUUGAAUGAAGCGCUUAAUUUCGAAGUCAUGCUCGCCAAUAUUACUCGAAAGUAUGAGACAAGUACGUAUGAAAAUUACACUAUUCAGAAACUUAUCGAGAAGUUCGAACGGGUUAAAUGGCUUCAUUACUUCAGCUCCAUACUCGGGAUUCAAGUCGAUAAAAAUGAGCCCUUUAUUAUUAAUAGUCUUGAAUUCCUGACAGAUGUUAUACAUUUGAUCGAGAGAACGGAUAACAGAACGUUGGCUAAUUACAUGAUGUGGAGACUUAUCGACCAGUCUUUGCCGUUAUUAUCCUGCACUGCAAGGAACCUAAACGAAAGGACAGAUUCCUUAAUGUGGUGGGAACCCCCUUUAUACACUGAAUGUUACACAGCUGCAAUUUAUCGUUGGAGAUUUUGCAUUUCUCUACUUCAGGAAAGCAUGAGAACGGCCGUCAGAUCCUAUUACAUGCAAAGGUACCUUGCAGAAGAAAGUAGGGAAGACGCACUAAAUAUGACGGAAUAUAUUCGUGCAGCAUUCAUAAAUGUACUAUCAAACUCAACCUGGAUGGACGAAGAAACUAAAGAAAAAGCAAAAGAAAAGAUUCAGGCUGUACAGUUUCAUAUUGCCUAUAAGAGAGAACUUUUGAACGAUUCUUAUGUCAAUGACUUACACCGAAAUUUAAUUAUUCGGAAGGAAGACAGUCAUUUUCUUAACGUCCUGAAGAUUUUCAAGUGGUUAACUGACAACAGCUUCUCGCGUCUUCGAAGUCCAAAAAAAUUAGAGAAGUUGAUGUCAGCAACUGGGAAAUUCACCUAUGAUUAUACGAGGAACAAAAUUGUUUUACGUGCAGGAAUAAUUCAAGAUCCAUUUUUUAUCUAUGACAGGACAAAAUUCAUAAAUUUUGGAGCCCUCGGUUCUCUGAUUGCCCGUGAACUUGCACUUGUAAUCGUUGGUCAAGGUCAGAGAUCUGAUAGAAAGGGUAAUGAUGUAAAUUGGUGGAGCAAUAACGCAACCCAAAGAUUUGAAGAGAAGUCACAAUGCAUCAGGCAACGAUACAGGAGCUACGCAUUUCAUGCUGGUGCAUUCACGCCUAAGAUUACAAAUAAACUUUUAGUUGAAACUACAGCUGACACCAUAGGUCUGAAAGCAGCUUAUUGGGUAAGAAAUAUCUCUGUGUUUUAUGAAAAAAUUAGUACUC